GGGAGGGGACACCCGCGGGCCGUGCUGCGGCGCACAAGAUGGCGGCUGCGCACAAGAUGGCGGCGACGCGGCGGAGGCUACUGCCCGCCUGGAUGGGGGCGGCGGGGGAAGGCGAACGGCGGGCAAGGGUGCCAGGCCGGGUCGGGCGGCGGCGGCAGAAAGCGGCGGCGGCGGAGCCCAGGGCAGUGACCGUGUACUGCAUGAACGAGGCGGAGCUGGUGGACGUGGCGCUGGGCGUGCUGGCUGAGAGCUUACAGCGCGAGAGAGCUGAGGAGAAGGUCUGCAGCGGGAGUGAAGAGGAACAGGACCUUCAGCAAGAGGAACCGGAGCUCCAGCGGGAGGAACGGGACCUGCAGGCAGCGCCGAGCCGGGCUCCCGGAGGCACAGCCUGUGUGGGGGAAGGCAGCGACCGCAGCCCGGGCCCCCCAUCCCCUCCUGGUGCUGGCACGGAUGCAGAGAGGACUGGCCUUAACGACUCUGAGGAUGACGUUCUGAAAUAUGUCAGGGAGAUCUUUUUCACUUAGCAUUGCCUCUUCCACGGCUGUGCAGGCAAGGGCAGGGUUGGGAUGGCACAGCCCAUCAGGAAGGAGGGUUGGGUAUCCUCAGAGAGGGCGUUCCUGGGUCGUGUGUCAGGCAGUGGCCUGCUGGUCUCCCUUACCCCACAUCUUGUCAGUGUGACACUACAAAUCCUUGCAAACAGCAGUAAAGGGAGGGAGGGAAUGCAGCUGCUGUGCAAACUCAAGGAUGGCAAUACAUGCUGGGCACUAAUAGGAGCUUGAGCUGAGCAUGAGCCCAUCAUGAGCUCCAAGCUUGUGUUGGAUAGCGCUGAGCGCAGGGCAGUAAAGGAGGGGCUGCAUACUUGCAAUGGGCUCAAACUGGCUGUCAGCUAAGCUGAGGACCAGCAGCCCACCCAUAAGUGGGAUGCCUCUGAUGCCAGCAGCUGGAGAAGCCGAGGUUCAGCUCGCAGUGAGAACAUCCCAAGGAAGACCAAUACCAGGAUGUGGGUGAGAGAGAUAACUUACAUGCCUAUGUUACUUGGAGUAAAGCCUUGAAGAAACAA